UUAUAGGACAGCCCUUCUCCCACGCCAGCGUCUUCGUUCCCCUUCCUCCCAAAAUACAGAGAAAAAUUCCGGAACGAUCCAAAAGGGAAACUAAAGCUAGGGUUUUACCCUGCUCGCCGCUGAUGAAGGGCGGCCGCUUACACCGUCCGGAACCGCUGGGUCCUCAAACCACCGUGGCCGCUUCCGCGUCCGAGUCCGCCUCCGCGCCCACGCCCGCCGAUGACUGGGUGGACGGCUCUUGGACGGUGGACUGCUCUUGCGGCGUCACGUUCGACGACGGCGAGGAGAUGGUGAGCUGCGACGAGUGCAGCGUGUGGGUGCACACGCGGUGCGCGCGCUACCUCCGAACCGUGCAAAGCUCCUUCUCGUGCCACAACUGCAAGUACAAGCGCGCCCCCUCCUCCGCUGACGAGACCGAGGUCGCCGAGCUCCUCGCCGAGUUGCCGACCCACCGCCCGCCACCCCUCUACCGCAGAUGGGCCGAGGUACCGCUCCCUGCCCGUGUCCAUGUCCACGGGGUCCCCGGGGGAAGCGACGCCGCCCUAUUCCGCGGAGCCCCGGCCUCCCCCGCCUUCUCAGCAGCCCUAUGGCGUUGUGCCGGCUACGUCCCGAAGAAAUUCGGCUUCCGCUACUGCGAGUUCCCCUCCUGGGCCGAGGACAAGGACGGCGCCGACGCUCUUUUUGCUCUGGCCAGAGAGAAGCGGAAGGACACAGUAGAGGUCAGAUUUCCCCUUCCGCUUGGAGCCGUACGGAGGAAAGAAAGCAAGACUACACAAAUCCUAAACAAGAAGGCUGACGGCAGCGACGGUGCGGAGGAAGUUCCUCCUCAAGCUGACGCUAAGAAGAGAGGAGCAUCCUUUAUCACUGCAGAGGUUGAUACAUGGGAGAAUGGGUUUCAACAGAAAGGGGAUCUUGCUGCGGCAGAUUUCAUUCUUAAAGAUCAGUGUGCCGACGUGAACAUGGCCAUUUCUGAUUUUCAAGUGGUUGUUGAAGCUAAUAAGAAGACGAAGGAAUCCUUGAAACCAAUUGGGGAGAAGAAGAGCCCUGAGGGAAUUUCAGGGAUGCUGAAAACAGAUGAAUCUAAGGAGUCUGUGGGGCUGGAGAUUUCAUCUGGGGGUAGAACUACAUCAGCUGUGGCAGAACAAGAAGUGCAUUCACGAUUUGUCAAGGUAGAGGUCAGCAUGUGUAAGCAACAAGUUGAAGAAAAUCAAAAUUUGGGCUCACAAUCUGACAUAAUGAACACAGUUGUGAAAAUGGAUGUUGGUACUCGGUCAUCUAAUGGGGAGAUGCGAAUCCAUGCCAGUUCUGAGAAAAUGCAUGAGGGGCAGGGUCAUCAGAAGCAAUUAAAUCAAACUUCUUCAAAUCUGCAGGUUGCUACUGGUGGACUAGAUUUGCAGACUGGUCAGUCAAAAGCACGGAAUAUUAAGAGUGAGGUUCCUUUUCAGGAUCAUGAGAAAAAUGCUACCCAUUUGGUAGACGAUAAGCAUAGAAGCGAUAAGCAAGGUCAAGGGGUUAGUGAAGGUGUUCGAAGAAAUUCAGCCAGGUCAAUACCUGAUUCAGGCUCUGAUCUUCCAAAUUAUGAGACAAAAAGUCAGAUGCACACAAUACCUAAUCAAAACCCAGUUUUAGGAGUUCAGAAAGUUUGUACAGCCUCUUCUGGUUCUACUUCUAGCCAUUUUGAGUUAUCACGCUCAGUAGUAUCAACAGAACCAUCAUCAGGAGGAAAGACUGGUCGUUUAAUGAAAAAGGAACAAACAAGGUUGUUCGCUCCUGCUGAGAGCAAACAUGAUUCUGUAAAACAUUCGGUAGAGAGUUCUGAGGAAUUUAGUAGGUCCUCUGAGAAAGUUCAACCAAAAGGAGCCCUUCCUUCUGCUCCAAAAUCAUCUCAAACGAACAGAUUAUAUGUGUCCUCAGCCAAACAUAGAGUACCAGUAUCAAAGGAGCAGUCACAAAAGACAAUUUCGACAGGAGGAACCUCGGGAAGAUCAUUCCACGGAGAAGUGACACCAUUGAAUUCUCGUAAUAAGGCAAUACCUUCUAGCUUUUCCCAGAAAAAAGAAAAGAUCCACCACCGCUGUGUUCAUACCACACAAGAGGGUUCCGCUAAUUCAACAUCAACUGAACUGCGAGCCUCUGAUGCGACAGCUUCAUUAAGUGAUGAGCAGCUUGCGUUGUUAUUGCAUCAACAAUUGAACAGCUCUCCCAGAGUACCAAGGGUACCACGUGGCCAUCAAGCAGGUAGCAUGCAGAUGCUACAUCCGACUGGAGCUACUGUCUUUUCGAAGCGGUCUUCAGCACAUGGAGGACGGGAUCAAACAACGGUUUUAAAGAAGAGAAACAAAGAUGACGGGGCAUUAAGAGAUAAUGAUGACGCCAAGAGGUCGGGAAAGGUGUCUGUUGUUGAGCGGAGGCAUAGAGAUUAUAGCACCGAACGUAUCCCUUCUUCGAAGGACUCAUGCAGAUUAGCGGACAAUAUAGAAUCAAAAGAGCAAAAUCAUGGUGUGUGUUCAAAUGAAGCUACCACUGGGUUAGCGAAGGACGAUCUGAUGGAUAGCAGCAUCACAAGAAAUUUACCUGGAUUGAUUGAUGAAAUCAUCAGUAGGAACAGAAACAUAACAUAUGGAGAACUGUGUGAUGCUGUUGGCCAGCACUGGAGGGGUUCAGUUAAAUCAAACAGAGAAGAUUAUGCACAGUCCAGCUAUUUACAUGCUGUCAAUGAUUGUCUUAGGAACAAGAGCGAGUGGGCUCACCUUGUUUCCCAGUCUCCAAAGAUGAAUCCAAGCAAGCGUCGAAAGGUGGAAUGUGACUCUUUGUUGGCUGAUGAUGUACUGGAAACAGGAGAGAUGGGAAACCGGGAUGAAAGAUAUCCAGGAGAGGAGGGUAGUUCUGACUCACAAGGUCCACCAAGGGGCAAACGGAAGGCUUGGAAACACUCUGAUCUUGAAAUGAAAGAUUUGAAUGAAGAUGAUACGAAAAAAAGAUCUAACAUUGGUUCAUCCUCUGAGGAUGCUGCUGCCACCUUGUCCGAUUCCAGUAGUGACACAAAUGGUACCCCCAUGGAUGAUGAGAGCCAAGAAGAUUAUUCUGCUGGUGGUAACAUGGAACCUAAGACUGCAGAUUCAAGUUCAUAGGACGUUGGUUGAUGCUUGCCGCUUGCUAACACAUUUGUUUGUGUGUAACAACAGUGAUAUCAAGUAAUCAUUCCUUUGUAAUAUGCAUGUUAGUAUGUUGAUAUGGGUUUCGUUUUGUAAUGCCAUAUGAGCAAGCAAGCGUUUUGGGCAACUACUCAAAAAGCAUUUUGAGGCCUGAUCGUUGGCUGCUAGAUAAAAGGAAAUUCACCACAAGCUUAGGACCUCUGAACGGUAGAAUUCCAAAAGGACGUACUUCCUUCAUCUAACAAAAGAUGUUUCAAGUUUGUCCAAAUUUAAAUGUAUCUAAACAUAAUUUAGUAUAUAGAUGCAUUUAAAUUUAGUCAAAGUUGACACAUCUUUUGUUGGACGGAAGAGUAUAGGAUUUUAAUCUUCAUAAGCGUUUCAUAUGUACAACCUCCGUUUCUAAAUACUUGUACAGUGACAAAUAUAUAAAUACGGAGGGAGUAUCAUUUAAUU